UUAAAAAAACCAUACAAAUAGUGCCGAGAUUUUGCAGCAACUUGCUCGCCGACUCUCUUCCAUGGCAAGCGGCGGCGGGAAUCAACAGCAACCGUACAAACCAUACCGGCAUCUGAAAACCUUGACGGCACACACACGCGCCGUCUCCUGUGUCAAAUUCUCCAACGAUGGAACUCUCUUAGCUUCCGCCUCUCUCGACAAAACCCUAAUCAUCUGGUCCUCCUCCUCCCUCACCCUUCGCCACCGCCUCGUUGGCCACUCCGAAGGCAUCUCUGAUCUCGCCUGGUCUUCCGAUUCCCAUUACAUUUGCUCCGCCUCCGACGAUCGCACUCUCCGCAUUUGGGACGCCCGUUCUUCCACCGGCGAGUGCGUCAAAACCCUACGAGGUCAUUCCGAUUUUGUAUUCUGCGUCAAUUUCAAUCCUCAAUCUAAUUUCAUUGUUUCGGGUUCCUUUGAUGAGACGAUUCGGAUUUGGGAGGUGAAGACGGGCAAGUGCCUUCAUGUUAUAAGGGCUCACUCUAUGCCUGUUACUUCUGUUCAUUUUAAUCGUGAUGGUUCGCUUAUUGUUUCUGGUAGUCAUGAUGGUUCCUGUAAGAUUUGGGACGCUUCUACUGGGACGUGCUUGAAGACUCUAAUUGAUGAUAAGGUCCCUGCUGUAUCGUUUGCUAAGUUCUCGCCCAAUGGCAAGUUUAUACUUGUUGCUACUCUCAAUGAUACCCUUAAGCUAUGGAACUACUCAGCUGGGAAGUUUUUGAAGAUAUAUACGGGACACGUGAAUAGAGUCCAUUGCAUCGUGUCCACGUUUUCUGUCACGAAUGGAAAAUACAUCGUCAGUGGAUCGGAGGAUAAAUGUGUGUACAUAUGGGAUCUACAGCAGAAAACCAUGAUUCAGAAACUUGAAGGCCACACUGAUGUUGUCAUUUCUGUAUCCUGUCACCCAACUGAGAACAAGAUUGCAUCUGCAGGACUUGAUGGGGAUAGAUCAGUGAGGGUGUGGGUUCAAGAUUCAUGACACGCUGAUCGUUCGACAUCUUUACAUCGUUAACCAGAGGCAAGUUAAGGAAACAAGACCUGAGGAGAAGCUGUACAAUCUGCAAUGAUUUCUGAAUAAUGUUUUCUACGGAUACGGUGCAACCAGGCAUUGUGAAUCGAUUUCUCUGGCAGUUGUAUAUAUGAACGCAGGUACGGAGUGUCGUUAUCUUUUUUCCUGUGACAAUUGAUCCCUUAACAUAGAGUAAUUGUAUUCUUAAAUGUGGAACUGGGAAUCUGAUUAUAUUUGGUGAGGAAAUGGAAUGAGUUUUCACUAGAGAUAGUAAAAUAGUUUUCAAUAA